ACUGGAACACCGCCCGCUGGUUCGGGGAUCUUCACGCACCAAUGCACACCUUACGAGGUGUAGGUACUCGCACUGCGUUGUAUUCCACGUCUCGCGAUGUCCAUCGCGCUGCCUCGGUCGCGACAACUGCGGUGGAGCGUGCAGCAACUUGCACGACCUGGUCGCGCAGCGCGGCCUCAUCCCCAAUGCGCGCAUCCGGCCGCCGUUGAUUCACGACUCGCGAGUGUUCCCGUCGGCCCUUGUCAUCGCGCUUUGAGUGCGAAAAUUACGUGUCCCGGUUGCGUGACAGCCCACAGCCGAGUGUCCAUGUACACAAGUGACUGCACCCGCCGCAUCAGAGGCAGACGAGCGUCACGGUGGACGCGGACGCGCAAUUUGGUGACUCCCGAACCACGCGGAAUUCCAUGUCGCUCAGCGCAAACGUGCAGCCGCACGACGAGGGGAUGCCAGGGCACCGACACUGCGCGCCGAGACACGACUCUGCGAGCCCAUCUCGACGUGCAAGGCCCAGUGCGAGCAUCUGGCCUGCGCGUGUGGUCCGUGCAGGAGCAGGCCGCCCGCACAGACUGCGAUCAGCACGCACGACGCAUCGUUGUGUCGGGCGAUCGACUCGCAGGCUGUACGGGCUGCUGCCGUCAUGUCGCGCGCGGCGUGGUAACGAACGAGCGCCGCACACGGACGCGCGCCCGUGGCAGGGUCCUGUCGGCUAGGGAUCCUCGCGAGAAUUACCAGGGCGGGGUACUAUGAUUCCAACAGAAUCAUUGUGUCCGGCGACACGUCACGAUCGGCGGCUCAUGCGCGGUCGAUGGAACGGCUGCGUGGGAUGCCGGGCGCAGGACGAGGAUAAAAGGGCAGGCCGUUGGUGGUUCCACCUUGUCCUGCGUCUUCGUCUC